AGUGACAGUGAGGUUCGAUACCCUGACAUCCCGAGCAGCUGUCUGUCUGUGUCUGCUGUGGAACCUCCACCUGCCUCACCUACAAUAAUCCACCAUGAGCGGGGAUCACGGACACGGAGGCUCUCAGGUCAAUUCUGGAGCUAAAGGAAGCGAGUCUCACAAACAUAAAGACAAGCACAAAGACAAGGAGCACAGACACAAAGAUCACAAGAGAGACAAGGAGCGGGAGAAGAUCAAGCACAGCAACAGCGAACACAAGGAGCACGCCGAGAAGAAACACAGAGACAAAGAGAAGCUGAAGCACGGAGACGGCAGCGCAGACAAGCACAGGGAGAAGCAUAAAGAGAAAGACAAGGACAAAGAGAGGAGGAGAGAAGAGAAGAUCAAAUCGUCCCACGCAGACAAGCCUAAAAAGGAGAAAGAGAAUGGAUAUAUGAGGAACACGAGCCCCGCUGUCAUUAAGGGCGAGCCUGAGGAAGACAACGGCUUCUACCCUUCUCCCCAAAACAACAAGUCCUUCAAACGAGAGUACGAUGAUGAAGAAUUUGAAUACAAGCCCAAAAAAGUCAAAACAGAACACGACAAAAAGGCAAAGAAGAGGAAACAUGAGUAUGAAGACGAUGAGGAGGAUGAGUUUCAGGACAUCAAGCCCAAAAAGAAGACAAAAGACAGAAAGGGAACAGAGGGAAAGAAAGCCAAAAAAGAGGAAGAGGAGAAGUGGAAAUGGUGGGAGGAGGAAAGAUACACCGACGGCUCCAAGUGGCGCUUCCUUGAACAUAAAGGUCCAGUGUUCGCACCUCCGUACGAGCCCUUGCCCGGCAAAGUCAAAUUUUUCUAUGACGGUAAACCUUUGAAACUUAGUGCUCCUGCUGAAGAGGUAGCUACAUUCUUCUCUAAGAUGUUGGAGCAUGAGUACACAACUAAGGACAUCUUCAGGAAGAACUUCUUCAAGGACUGGAGGAAGGAAAUGACAUCAGAGGAGAAGUCAAAGAUCACUGACCUGAACAAGUGCAACUUCAGUGAGAUGAGCGAGUACUUCAAGGCCCAAUCAGAAGCCAGGAAACAGAUGUCAAAAGAAGAGAAACAGAAAAUCAAAGAAGAGAACGAGAGGCUCCUCCAGGAGUACGGUUUCUGCGUCAUGGACAACCACAAGGAGAGGAUCGGCAACUUCCGCAUCGAGCCACCGGGCCUCUUCCGGGGGCGAGGCGACCACCCGAAGAUGGGCAUGCUGAAACGCCGCAUCAGACCUGAAGACAUCAUCAUUAACUGUAGCAAGGACUCCAAGCACCCCAAACCUCCCGCAGGGAAAAAAUGGAAGGAGGUUCGCCAUGACAACAAGGUGACCUGGCUGGCGUCUUGGACGGAGAACAUCCAGGGCUCCAUCAAGUACAUCAUGUUGAAUCCCAGCUCCAGGAUUAAGGGGGAGAAGGACUGGCAGAAGUACGAGACGGCCCGGCGGUUGAAGAAGUGUGUGGAUCGCAUCCGAAACCAAUACAGAGAUGACUGGAAAUCCAAAGAGAUGAGGAUCAGGCAGAGAGCGGUGGCGCUGUAUUUCAUAGACAAACUGGCACUGAGGGCUGGAAAUGAAAAGGAGGAAGGUGAGACUGCGGACACCGUCGGCUGUUGCUCGCUGCGGGUGGAGCACAUCAAACUUUACCCCAAACUGGACGAGCAGGAGUACGUGGUGGAGUUUGACUUCUUGGGUAAAGACUCCAUCCGGUACUACAACAAGAUCCCAGUGGAGAAGAGGGUUUUUAAAAACCUCCAGUUGUUUCUGGAGAACAAGCAGCCAGAAGACGACCUCUUCGACAGGCUCAAUACGUCUAUUCUGAAUAAACACCUGCAGGAGCUGAUGGAUGGACUGACCGCAAAGGUGUUUCGUACUUACAACGCCUCCAUCACUCUGCAACAGCAGCUCAAGGAACUUUCCUGCUGUAAGUGAAAGGAGCUUCAGUCAGUUAAAGAAGGGAAUUGAUGUUUUAUGAUAUUGAUUCUUUUUCAUAUGGUUUUUAUGACUAAAAUGUUUAUAAGUUUAGACACAUUAGAUUUGACAUAAUUACAGUUGGAGACUGAAAGACAAUCUCUCUCUCUUUCUGUGUUAAUUCCUCCCUGUGUGUAUCUUUGUGUCUCUCUCAGGACCGUGGAGGUGAAGCGUAAAGCUGUGCAGAGGAUAGAGGAGCAGCUGAUGAAGCUCCAGGUUCAGGCCACAGACAGAGAGGAGAACAAGCAAAUUGCUCUGGGCACCUCCAAGCUCAACUAUUUGGAUCCACGCAUCUCUGUCGCCUGGUGCAAGAAGUGGAGCGUUCCCAUUGAGAAGAUCUACAACAAAACCCAGAGGGAGAAGUUUGCUUGGGCAAUCGACAUGGCUGAGAAGGACUAUGAGUUUUAAAGACACUUCACGUUUUACCUUUUUAUACCCGAGCCUUUGAUUGUAAAGAUGGUUCGUAGUCAAGCGAUCACAGUUGCUGUGGUCACUGCAGGGCUGUGAGGGAGGACCAUGGAUUGAUAAUUAUGUAUAUAUACAGUAUAUAUGCAUAUAUAUGAACUGGUUGUGAAUUUAGGAAAAUAACUUCAACUAUGUGGCCAAGCUGGUGAAGAGUGUUGCUCUUAAAAAAAUACAAAAUCACAGUAGUGUGUAUGUAGCUGCGGGUACCUGCCCAUGAUGAAACAACGAUGAACAUGAGUAUUAUCAACGGUACUGAAAUUUGAAAGCCAUCCGAUUUAUUGAGACAUUCUAUAUUGUCAUAGAAUAAUGAAUGAAUUAGGAAUUGUUUGUAUGGGGGGUUUGUGAGAGGCAACACGAGAGAGGUGAUAACCUGAUGAAUUUCAAUUUGUGUGAUGAAUCCUAACCCUAUGCUCAUGUAAUUAUUAGCACACAGAAUGUCAUUGUUUUCAUUUAGUUUGCUGUUUAUUUCAGGGAUGUACAUAUUUUAAGCCAUUUUUUCAGCUACUAUGAUGCUUUUUUUUAAUGUUUGCAUUGUCAACAAAAAGCUCUUCAUUGCUCAUAUGCAACAUGUGAAUGCCUGUGUGUGUGUGUGUGUGUGUGUGUGUGUGUGUGUGUGUCUGUGUGUGUUUGUGUGUCCACAGUUUUACAGUGAGCUCCUCUAAGUUAUUUGAAACUGCCGCAGUAGAGCUUCAUGUUCUGUGUGUCCGACCUAAAAGAGACAUGUUUUCCAAGAGGGAUGUGAAUAUUGCCAAAGCAAAAAAAAAACUUUUAUCAUUGUAGUGAACAGUUUUGGCAGAAAGUGUCUUCUUCAAAUUGAUUUCCAAAUGUGAAUCGACAUUAUAACGUUUGUCAUUUAUAUUUCCUGCUAUUUAAACAUGGAUCACACAUCUCCCCGAUUGGUCGAGUGCUUUCUUGUCUUGAGCUUUGUAGUCUUCAGAA